GGAAUCUCAGAGGAAAGACUUCAUUAUAAUUUUUAUUUACUCUUACAGUUGAGUAAGUUGGUAGAUAGGGCUUCUGAAGUUAGCACUGGUACAGCAUUCAGUAGAAUGGAAGCAUCAUCCAGGCCAUGAAUGAACAGUGAAGUAUUUCUCUUUCCUGUGGCUUAAAUUGUAGGCUAAACUCAUGAAGAUACCAUUUAAAGAAUCUGGGGAAAUCAUCUAAGGGCACCUCAGACAGAUAAAGAGGAAAUAAACAGCAUGGUUAUGAAAUAGAUAUGCCUUCAUGGAAAUAAUCAAAUCAUCUUAGGAGCAGGAAUCCACAUUCAAAAAACAUUUCCCUGCCUCCAGAUGUAGGAACAAACCAGCAAGCAAAGCAUAAACAAAUCCUGUAGGUAGGAAAAUGACAAACUUAAAAAUGAUCUGGGGUGAAUUUGCAUCCAGAGGGAUGUGUUUUUUUUAUACCAGGCAGUACUGGAGUGAAACCUGUUUUCUACCUAGAAAUUCGCACAAAGCUUUUGAGUCUUUGUCCCAAAAGAUACUUCAAAAAAGAAGCAUGGUACUCAUCCAACUGACUAUCUUCUUCAUCAUCAUCUAUGUGCUUGAGUCCUUGACCACAAUUGCACAAAGCAGCUUCAUGGUUGCAGUGCUGGGCAGAAAGUGGAUGCAGGUCAAAAGAUUGUCAUCAGUGGAAAUGAUCCUCAUCAGCCUGGGCAUCUGCCAUUUCUGUCUGCAGUGGACAUCAGUGUUGAACAAUUUUGGCUCCUAUUUUAACUAUAAUUACACAUUUGGGAACAUAGCAAUCAUCUGGGAGUUCACUAAUAUUCUUACAUUCUGGUUAACCAGCUUGCUUGCUGCCUUCUACUGUGUCAAGAUCUCUUCCUUCACCCAUCCAAUCUUCCUCUGGCUGAGGUGGAGAAUUUUGAGAUUGGUUCCCUGGUUGUUGCUGGGUACUCUGAUACUUUCCUGUGUAGCAUUCAUCCCUUCAGUUAUUAGGAAUCGAAAACAGAUUCAAUUAAUCACCAUGAAGCAUUUACCCGGAAACAGCACUUGGACUGAGAGAUUUCACCUGUUUGAGCAGUAUUUUUUCAAAGCUGAAACAAUUGGUGUGCUGCUUGUUCCCUUCCUCCUGUUCCUGGCCUCAAUGGUCUUAGUUAUGGCCUCACUGAUCCGGCACAGGGAGCAGAUGCAACAACAUAACUCUGGCCACUGCAACUCGAGCACGCAAGCUCACCGUACUGCCCUGAAGUCUCUUGCUACAUUCUUCAUAGUAUUCACCUCUUAUUUUCUGAUCUUAGUAAUCCAAUUUGUAAGUAAAGUAUCUGGUAAUGAAUCUUUGUACUGGCUCUGGGAAGCCAUCAUCUAUGCUCUAAUUUCUAUUCAUUCUACUUCACUGAUGCUGAGCAGCCCUACAUUGAAAAGGGUCCUAAAGAUGAAGUGCUUGGGCCCAGAGGCUACCUGAGAAGCCAGGUACUGACCUCAGGGAAAAUGGGAGUUUGCCUUGAUCCAGUCAAUAUUGGUAGCCCACAUUGCUCUUGAUAAUCUCCUGUGUGAUUGCAGUCCACCAUGAAUGUAAGCCUUUCUCUCAUUCUCUGUCAUCCCCAGCCAUUUGUCUCUAAAUAAACAAUUCAUUCUC